ACUCCAAUCUCAAACGGUCCCAAACUUUGAAUUUAAAUCCAUCAACACCGUUCACGCUAAUCAAUAUCCACGGUCAGAUCAAAGAAUCUUCUACUCUCUCCCCCCAAUUUUCUUUCUUCUUCUUCUUCUUCAUUUCCCAAUUCGUACUUCAACUUUCACUGCCCUCUCUUCAUCUCACUUUUCUCUUUCGCACAGUUUCCACACCCUAAAAAUUUUCUCUCCAAAUCGUUCGCUUCACAAUGCCGUUCCUAUCCGAGGCUGCAAGUGCAAUCAAGAGUCGAUUCGGGUUCCAGAAUCAUCCUUCCGAACAACUUUCUCUCAUUCAGAACACUCCAGAUUUCCUCAAGUCAGCGGUUAAAGAUGAUAAUAUCUUUCAAAGCUCCGCGGUUCGUAACAUUACCGAUUGGGAUGAGGACAGUGUUGUUGGACCGAGUAAUGCCGCCGUUUCGUCGAUUCAGAGUUUCGAGUUUUGCGAGGAUCCUUCCUUCUGGAAAGAUCACAAUGUGCAGGUUAUAAUUAGAAUGCGUCCUCUUAGCAAUACUGAGAUAUCGGUGCAAGGGAGCAAUAAAUGCGUCAGGCAAGAGAGUUGCCAGACGAUUACUUGGACUGGGCCUCCUGAGUCGCGGUUUACGUUUGAUCUUGUUGCAGACGAGAAUGUUAGCCAGGAGAAACUCUUUAAAGUAGCUGGUUUACCUAUGGUAGAUAAUUGCAUGGGAGGCUACAACAGCUGCAUGUUUGCUUACGGUCAAACUGGAAGUGGGAAGACGCAUACCAUGCUCGGUGACAUUGAGGGGGGAACUAGAAGACACAGUGUCAACUGUGGGAUGACACCAAGAAUUUUUGAGCACUUGUUUUCAAGAAUUCAGAAGGAAAAAGAGGCGCGUAGAGACGAGAAGUUAAAAUUCACAUGCAAGUGUUCUUUCUUGGAGAUAUACAAUGAACAUAUCCUUGAUCUUUUGGACCCUUCAUCUAUCAAUCUGCAGAUAAGAGAAGACAGUAAGAAAGGGGUUUAUGUGGAAAAUCUUAAGGAAGAAGAAGUUUCUAAUGCUCGAGAUGUCAUUCAACUACUUGUUCAGGGUGCUGCGAACAGAAAGGUGGCUGCUACUAACAUGAAUCGUGCUAGCAGCCGUUCUCAUAGUGUAUUUACUUGCAUCAUCGAGAGUCAAUGGGAAUCUCAAGGAGUAACUCACUUUCGAUUUGCUCGACUUAAUCUUGUUGAUUUGGCUGGAUCUGAGAGGCAGAAGAGUUCUGGUGCCGAAGGAGAACGUCUCAAGGAAGCAACUAAUAUCAACAAGUCUCUUUCAACCUUGGGGCUUGUGAUUAUGAACCUAGUAGGUGUAUCUAAUGGGAAGUCACACCAUGUUCCUUACCGUGAUUCAAAGCUCACAUUUUUACUUCAGGAUUCUCUUGGAGGGAAUGCAAAAACUAUCAUAAUUGCAAAUAUAAGCCCCUCCAUUUGUUGUUCGCUUGAGACAUUAAGCACAUUGAAGUUUGCACAACGUGCUAAAUUCAUUAAGAACAAUGCCAUUGUAAACGAGGACGCAUCUGGAGAUGUCAUUGCAAUGAGAUUUCAAAUUCAACAACUUAAGAAAGAAGUGUCCCGUUUGCGAGGUCUGGUUGGUGGAGGAGAAAUUCAGGAUAAUGACAUUUCAUCAAUUAGCUUCCCAGGUUCUCCUGUAUCAUCCUUCAAGUGGGAGGGAGUUCAAGUAGCUCAAGGAUCAUUCAGUCCAUUAACUUCUGCUAAAAGGGUAUCUCAGAAAAAAGAUUAUGAAAUUGCCCUUGUUGGGGCCUUUAGAAGGGAAAAAGACAAAGAGAUAGCAAUGCAGGCACUGAGAGAAGAAAAUGAAGCGGCCAUGAAGCUGGCCAAACAAAGGGAAGAUGAGCUACAAGGUCUUAAUAUGAGGCUGAAAUUUCGAGAAGCUCAAAUAAAAAGGUUAGAAGCAGUUGCUUCAGGGAAGAUCUCAGCUGAGACACACUUGUUGAGUGAAAAAGAGGAACAUUUAAAGGAAAUUGAGGUCCUGCGGGCCAAGGUGGAACGGAGUCAAGAUGUAACUAGAUUUGCUAUGGAAAAUUUGCAGCUAAAAGAAGAAAUAAGAAGGUUGAAGUCAUUUUAUGAGGGAGGGGAACGGGAAAUAUUGAAUGAACAAAUCAUGGUACUUCAAAACAAGUUGUUAGAAGCACUAGAUUGGAAAUUUAUGCACCAACCUGAUAUGGUAGCUCAGAAAACAAAUGCUGACUCGGUGAUGGAGGACUUAAAUAGUGACGGUGAUCUUAUUUCAAAACAGGAGCCAAGUCCAAAGUCGCGUUGGCAGUCUUCUCUUCGGGAGGAAAAUGAGUUUCUCCGCAUUCAGGCUAUACAAAACCAGGCAGAAAUGGACACAAUUCAGAAGAAGCUAGAGGUUUGCCUUGUAGAGAAAGAAAACUUGGAAAGGCAAGUUGAUGAUUUGAAAGCAAAAUUUGAACAAGUGAAAUCUCAAACAAGUGAAACAACUACCGAAGAAAGGGAGCAAAUUGAUCCUCCACCAAUGACCGAUAUGCCAGUCAUUAAUGACCAACUGCAAUUGAAGACAUUGGUUGAUGCUAUCGCUGCUGCUAGUCAAAGAGAAGCAGAGGCUCAUGAGACAGCAAUUUUCCUGUCGAAGGAGAAUGAAGAGCUAAGGAUGAAGCUUAGAGCCUUGAUUGAGGAUAACAGUAAACUAAUUGAAUUGUAUGAGCAGGCUACUGCUGAACAUAACAUAACUCAAGAAAUUGGAUCCAAGGUCGACAAUGGUUACCAUCUUGAAAAAAGAGAAGAGGAGGCUGCGUUGAAAAGAGAGAUUGAGAACCUCCAACAUCAGCUUGUGGAAAUAAACGAAGAAAACGAGAGGUUGAUGAGUUUGUAUGAAAGAGCCAUGCAGGAGAAGGAUGAUCUUAAAAGAACUCUUUCAUGUUCUGGACAUGAAAGAGUUGAACCCAAAGGAGAACUGGACUGUGUGGAAAAGUUUGUUGAAGUUGAUGGAGGGGAAAGAGACUCAAGAGUAGGAUCCAUUUCCGAGGAAGCGCAGCAAAUAGGUGAUGGUAAAUAUGAUGACAAACCUACUAUAUCUGGGUCUGAUUUAUGCCUCGAGUCAGAUGGACAUGAUGAAGAAAUGCUUUUAAAGGAGGAAAAUCAGGUUGAUACACUGGUCAACACUGAAAAGGACACUGAGGUAUCAAAUUUCAAUGAGGCAAAGUUAUCAAUGGAAUUAAAUUGUGCUAAAGAGAAGCUUGAAAGGGUUGAUGAGCAAAUCUUAGAUGCUGUCAGAACUCUUGGCUGCACUGAAACUGAAAUUGUCCAGGUCGAUGAGCUCUCUAGAGAAAUUCAAGUGAUAGAACAUGAUAUUCAGGUCAAACGUCAGCAGUUUAAAUCCUCGAACCUUGUGCUUUAUGAAGCACAGAAUAGAAAAACUCUAGCUGGUAAAAAGUUAUCUGCACUCAAAUAUUCAUUAUCGAACUUUAUGAAGCACCGGUCUUUUUCUUAUUUCGAGCAGCGAGAAGCAAAGGCUAGGGCAACAUUGAACGACUUGGCAUCUCAUCUUGACCGAAAGAAAGGGGACUUGGCUGCUCUCCAAGCUUCCAAACAGGGGUUGGAGAAUGCUCUAAAAAAGAACCAAGAAUUCGAAGCUGAAUUUACCAAAGAUAUUGAAUGCAUCAAAUCCAAAUUGGAGGAAGAGAAUCGCAAGCGUGAAGGCGAAAAGGUGCUUUUUGCUAUUGAUAACACACAGAAUCUUGAUCCCUCAGUGAAAAGUUGGCAAGUUAGUGGUAAAGCAUUUGAUUUACUCAAGUUAGAGGAAGAGAAAACAAAGCUGCAAGCAGAGAUGAAGCUUUCUCAAGAAAAAAUCGGAGUCAUUAGAAAGGAAAUGGGAAAUCUAAACAAGAAGUUGGCAAAUGUAGAGAGUCAAAUACAAGCUGUUGGACUUGAAAUACAGCAAGGUUUGAGGAACACAAAAGAAAAGGAGCUUUCACUUCAACGCGCGACGAAUGAAAAAGAAAUGUUCUUGGAGUUUAGAGAUAAUGGAAUGAUGGAAAUGGAGUAUUUGAUCAUUGAUCUCCAACAGUUUGUGUUUGAAUAUGAUCUAAAGGAAGCUGAAACAAAGAUUCUAGGGGAAGAAUUGCAAAUGGAUUUCUUAAGAGCUGAAGAGUUACAAACAGCUAUGGUCAUUGCUGCAAACAGCAAUUUUUUAUCUUCCAUGUCUUGCGUAAGCACGUUUGAGAAGGUAGAGGAGCAGAUGAAAAAUCUAAGGGCAUCAAUUCAGGAGACAAAAUUAUUGUUGGAAGGCAUUUCCCAUGCCACCUAAACUAUUUCUUUUUGUAACUAAUUCUCCAUAUCUUAAUAGAAACAUGUUUUGUUUAACUAGUAAAUACUUGUGUCCAUGUGCACGGGUCAUGCUGCAUUGGUUAUGUAUUAAGUUAGGUAACUUUUUUUCUAACUUGUGGCUUUUCUCUAACUCCGUCUGACCAUGUGUUGUUGUAUUCCACUGCUGAAAGUCACUGCAGAUAUUUAUAAUCUGUGUCAAGGAGUGUUCCCUUUCUGCUUGUCCUCUUGUAGCAGAUCGUACUAUAGGCUUUGGGAGAAAUAAUGAAGCGAAAAAUGACAUUUCAA